GAUUUAAUUAGCGGCUUUAUUUCAGUGAUUCGUGGUGUGCAUACCAAGACUACUGACAGACUUGCGGAAACCUAGCAGUUUGAAUAAAUGCAGCAAGCUGCAAUAACUGGGCGGAGCUUCAGAGUUCAUGAAACAUAACAUUAGCAACAACUGCAAGAUUCAAGCAGGCAGGGCACACUGUUCGAAGUGUGCCAAAUGCACCGUAGCUGCGUGAGUUAAUUCUGUUAAGAACCUAGUCCAAUUAUCAUGCGGAGACCAGAAGAAAUCCUCGCGAUGACAAUUCUGAUCCGACACAGCGGAUAAACUUGACAAAAGGAAAAUAAGAAUCAACGAGCAGAAGGUGGUAGGCUACCACCAGAUGAAACCGGGCUUAGCCUACAACUUUGAACAGUCGAGGAAAACAUCCCCAAGAUGAAACAGACGAUGUAUACGACGCAACUAUCUGCUGUACCUUCGGUUUUAGAUAAUGUUUCAUUGCCAUUUUAACUAGCCGUUUCGACCCAUUCGUAAAAACGUCUUCGUUUUACGCACAGAAACCAGGGAUCCGUCUGUCAGAAUAAUUCCCUAGCUUGGACUAUUUCUGGAAUUCGAUCGUUAUCAUGGGAACACACAUUGACGUCCUACUAGUCACAGCAAAUGUUGGAUCAUUAUUUGGUGAUGUGGGCGAGCUCGAGAGCGACUGGCUGAGAGAGUUCUUCAUGACGGUCCACACCUACAAGCCUCGCUUUGUGGCUCUGCACUUCCAGGAGGUGGGAGGCAAGGACUACAUGGUUAACAUGGGCCAUGCAGAGAACUUCUUCUGGAACAUCGAGUCCAGUGAGGAGAUGAGGGAGUUUGACAGGGUCUGCGUCUAUGUGGACAGCCACUUUAAGGCGGUGGACAGCUUCACGGCUCUCGGAAGCAUGUACUUCAUCCACAAGUCCUUGAAGAACAUCUACCAGUAUGAUUUUAAUGUCAAAGAGUUUAAAGCUGUCUUGGGACACAACAAAUACGUUGGCUCGCUGGAUGGGGUGACUACGAUGGAGAAAGAAAAAUUCCCCAAGAAUUUCUGGCCUGAUAUCAAGUGGUCCAGGAAAGGCUACAUGAGGACACGGUGGAUCAUCCACAACCAGGGCCUGGACCUGGUCAACGUCCAUCUCUUCCACGACGCGUCCAACCUCAUCGCCUGCAACUCCAGCCCCUCCGUCUACUCCGGCAACCGCCAGAAGGCCCUGCGGUACGUCAUCAACAGGAUAUCGGACGGCAGCUACGCCCCAGUCCCGUUUUUCCUGUUUGGCGACUUCAACUUCAGGCUGGACACCCUCAGUCUAGUUGAGAGUUUGUCCAGGUCAGCGGACGUCCAGACGGUGAAGAAGGACAGCAGCAACGAGGUGGAGAAGAUCAUCUGCGAGGAGAAGGACAACGACCACAAGGUUCUCCUGCACAUCGAGACCAAGCUGUUCGCCUACCUGCACGAGGCGGUGUUCAGAGAGGACAACGGUCGAGCGCUCCUGAAGUACGACAAGGAGAUCACAGCCUUCCAGGACGUCAUCACCGAGGAGGACAUCCGGUUCCCCCCCAGUUACCCCUACAGCGAGGACUACAACAAGCCCACGCAGUACAUGAACACGCGCUGCCCUUCCUGGUGCGACCGCAUCCUCAUGUCCCACUCGGCACGCGACGUCAUCCACCGGACGGAGGAGGGGGACAGCAGUGUGGUGUAUAACACACUAGGCCCGAGUGUCUGCAUGGGAGACCACAAGCCUGUUUUCUUGUUCUUUGGAUUGAAGACAAACAGCCACUGAGGCGAAGCUUGGAGCUCUAAAGAAUGGUGAGGUGAACCAGCAUGUGUCAUAUGAGGGAUUGGGAAUCGCGCUUCACAUUCCAGCUUCACCCACAGGACGUUCUGACCGCCAUCGUUUCACCCCCCUCACCCAGCGGUGUGGGACAGUCACAGUCUUGACUAACACUGGGGUGAGGUCAGACCACCAGCAUUACGUGUGCACUGCAUAGCAUUAGUGUUAACCUUGCCAAACCUUUCCAAGGCCCUGUGCUCCUUUUGAAUCUAGAGACUCUGACCUGUCAACUGAAGCCAUAAGCCCCCCCUCGCCCCCCCUAGUCAGUCAUGGAAAUUUACAGAUCCCGUUCUGCUCUUGCAGAAAGAGACUCCUAGGGUGAAUCAUCUGCAGCUUUCCUGAAGUUUUUCUGCGGUGCUCUCUCUCUCUCUCUCUUACUUCCUGAGUGUGGUAACAAGGGGGAGGAGCUGAGCUCCAGCUGUGUGGGCCCGCCCUAGGAAGCAGCUCCAUUCCCAGAGACAUCCUGUCCUGACUCAGACCCUCCUGACCACUGCUGCCGCCCAAACUCCGCCCCCUUCUGUACAAUCCAGCGCUCGUCCAACUUUCCUCCGAGCUCUGGACAGGAAAAAACAGACAGGCACCAGCCGCACUGUCAUUCUACCAAGUAAAGGCCUGCCUUCUGCUGGUCAAAGUAUCUGGCUUGAGCCACCGUUUACUUUUUAAUGCCCAAGCUUACUGUUAACCAACAGACAUGCUAUGAAUUCCGUUUUUACUCCUUUUUACUUAUAUUUAUUUAUUUCCCGUCUUAUGUCAAUAGACAUAUGCCGAAAAAGGAAACACAACAGCCAGUAGCUGCUAUCAGUUCACCGUAGCUGCCCCCUCUCAAAUAAAUUAAUUGGUAAUGGAUAGUGCACCUUUCAGUUUGGAGAUAGAUGGCGCAAUUUUCAGCAUGUGACAGGGGCUCUUCAUAUAAUAACAAGGCCCCUUUACUGUGAAUUAUCUGACUUAGUAUGAGUGUCUUCUAAAAUAUUGCCUCUUCUGUACUCCAUACAGGCAAUAUGUGUAGGAGAGGUUAGAGAAUGUAUUUCACAGCUAGAUAAGCAGUGUCCUGGCAUACCCUCACGUGUGUACUUAAGCCCAAGCACAUGUUCCGCUUGUCCAUAGAUGGGUGCGCAGUUACCGCCCACUUUCGCAGUCACGGCAACCAUUAAACCGCUGUUUAAAUCGAUACAGAAUUUACCAGUUCACUGGGGAGGAAUUUGCAGCCCUUUCCGAUUGGCCCUAAGUAUGGCAAUCACACCCAUGUGACUACAGCUGGCCACUCCCUCAGACCUUCAAUUCCACUCUCACUGGCAGUGGAGUUUUAAUAGCUGCAGAUGUAAGUCCGAGCAUUCAGCCACCUCAUGCUAUCACAGUGAGCCACCUCUCUAUUGGACUGUGUCAUACCCUAUGCUGAGUCCUCAGCCACAGCCCAGACUAGAUGAAUUCUUCAUGGCACAGGUCGAGGUUUACGGAAGAUUUUUAAAAAUGCUCAACACCACUGCCCAGUGGCCAGUCUUUUAGCCAUCUGGUAUAUUUUUUCAUGGUUUUAACCCUGAUGAGUAUUAGAUUUGUUGAACAUUAUUGUUCUCAUUAAGUGCUUUAUCUAAUGGUUGAUGCCUGGGAUUGCUGUCUUGUCUUGCUUUUGUAUUAUUUUUACUGACAGAUCAGCCCUAUCAUGGUAUGAAAAGGAAAUAAGUCACUAAGUCAAGUUCUUUUACUCAUUUUGAGGUUAUCUUAUUAGUAUAAGUUAUCUUAAUUUUUCAUUUGGGGUUGAAGGGGGUGAGACAUUUAGAUAAUUAAUUGGGGUAGAAGGUACAUGUAGUUCCUUUUGUUCAGAUUAACAAACCCAAUGUAGCUCAUAUUGCAAUGUUUUAUAUGCUGGUUGUGUCUCCUUUUCAUGUGGGUUGGCUAGUGGCUUUGACUGUUUUUUGUGUCAGGAUUAUAUAUUUAAAGUUUAUUUGCCAAAACAAAAUGCUUACCAUAUCAUUCAGCUUUUUUGGAUGUUAUUGGAACAUGCAUGUAUGACUAGUUUCUCCAGGGAAAAGUCCCACGCAUGCUCUCGCACACGCACGCACACACACACACACACAUGCACACACAGAUUCACAAAUACGCAAUCACAAACAAAUACAAUCCUAACAGAAUCAGAUUGUAUUACUCUUGAAUUAUGACGGUGGGUUGUGUCUCAGUGCAAGCUGAUUGGCCUCGCUCAUUGAAACUGUAAAUUAAAAAUCAGCUGUAAAUGUUAAAGGCAACCUGUAUUCACACAUAGCUGUAAUUAAUUAUGAAACAUUUUUGUUACUAUUAUUGUUGGAUAAUUAUGGGAAAGGCUCAUCGAUAAUGAACUCCAGAGCAUUCAUUCUUCGGUCUUUCUCACAGUAAACGCACUCCAGUUCCAUGUACCUGUAUUGUAGCACAGUGUAGCCUUUGUCUGUUGACAGUCAGUCAUGGCUGGACAUAUUGGGGGCUUACGAAACAAGUUAUUUGGCUCGAUGCCGCUAAAUGCAUAGAUUAUCUAUAAUUGAAAACCUAAUCUAGAUCCUGUUGGGUUUCAUUAAAUUUAUUGACAGUCGUUAAGUCUGCAUUGUCAGAGUGGAAGUAACAAGCACUGCUAGUCAAUAACCUACUUCUAGGAUUUAUUUAUGUGAUGUGGGGGAAAAAAAUUAUGUUCACAUUCAGUUCCCUCUUGACCACAGUGAAUUCGUAUGCUCUGAAGUUCAUUAUGUGGCCAGUGAUAUUAUUAAAUGGACAGCACAGAUGUAGUUAAUGUCUUUUUUUGCAGUCUUACAAGAAACACUACAUUAAUAUUAUAACAUAUCUUUGUAAGUGUGUACAUAAAUAUAUAGAACUUUUUAAAAAGUGGUUCAUGCCCCAGAUAAUUUGGAACUGGGCUAUAAUUGCUCAAACAGUACAGCUUUUAAAGCUUUUUGUAGAAAGUAAGAAUAUGUAUUUCUACUGCUUUAAAUGUUCUGUUUGAAUGGACUCAACCUACAAGCACCUUUCUGUAAGAGUUCUUGAAAAUUGAGCAUGUAUUAAUCCAUCAGUCAGAUUACUUUUUGCCAAGUAGUAGUGACAUAGCCUACUCUGUAAACUUGAUACUGGAGUGUUUUUCAUUGAUAAAAACUGUUUUUUAAACCUGCCAACUUGCUUUCAGUCUUGCACAAUUUCAAAUGUUUUCAAAAGCACAAAGUCCUACAUUAAUUCAUCCACUGUGCCGAAAAUAUUCCUCAGACGUCACGUUGAACGUACUGUAGCCAGAGACAUGCGGAGUCCAGAAGAGCUUCUGUUUGCAUCUGUUUAUUGAAAGCCACGGCUGUGGAAACCACUCGGGCUAUGGUUACAAUAGUCACUUCACGCGACUUCUGUAAUCAAAAUUCCUACACCCGAUCGCAUCAGGCCAGAUUCGAGUUCCAACCACAUUUGUAAAAUGAAGUGACUACACUAGCCUUCGCGUAGCCACAGACUUUCAUGAGUGAAUCGGAUGCGGUGUAAAUGUCAGGUGCAACAUUUAAUCAGUGUUGAAUUGUCCAGUACAGACCAUUCACGUGCUGAAGCACAAUGCCCUGUUCCUCAUUCAAGGCCUCCAGCCGUGACUUGAACCCAGGGACACAGACACGCUUCCUCGUACUACGAGGACGUCUUGCACUGCAACUCCGACUGACCGUUGGUGGCAUUUAGACAGAGAUAAACGUGGCGUUAAAUGAGCUCCUUCAAGGUCACUUAGAUUUUUUGUUUUUACUCUAUUUUUGAGAUGGACUACUUGUUUAGAUUGAUACUCCCUGAAAAGGGAAAAGCGGGUCGAAAUGCUGUGGCGUUCGGAAUGUGAUCCUCCCGGUUGUUGAAUUUGAAAAGACGAAUCGUCGCCCGAUUGGACAGCUGCUGAUUCAUCGGCAGCGCACCGUGUGGGUAAAGUCAUCGAUAGGAAAGGCUGGCCGUGUGCUCAAUGUAGCCUGCCUGGUCGUCAUUCAUUCUGAAAUGAAGUGCACCGAUGCAAGGAAGCAUAAUGGUCUUUCAAGCUUCAGAUCGUAAUAAAGCAAAUCUUAGGAGACUAAAACCAUUAGCGUGUUCAGUGUUUUAAGCAGUAAGGGCCAUGGCAUCUGUAUGGUGAUGUAACAGUGCCAAGAACUGAAUGGUGUCUUGUUCUCCAUUGUUUAUUCUCCAUAUUUGAGAUUUUUAUGAAAUAUUAAAAUUAAUUUCACAGUAAAAAAAAAAAUAAUAAUAAUAAUAAUUUCACAGUAAAACUGAUAGGAAAGACUCCACUUUUGUACCACAAGUGUAUAUAUUUUGUAUUGUCACCUGUGUCCUUCGAGCAUUCAAACAGGUCCUGUUUCUUCCAGUCAUGUUUUUUAAUCUUAUUAGAUCACGUUUCAACUUGCAAGCGGUAGGAGUGAAUGCUUUAUCUUGUAUAUGACAUGUUAAUAUUUCCAUUGUAUUUCCUCACAUAAACUGUACAUAUUCAACAUGCA